AUGGCAUUUCUGAAGGGUGAGAUUACCUUUGUCUUCUCCCUGUGGGCUUCCCUCCUUUAUGUAGCACUAAUGUCCCUUCCACUGGGGGCAGAGGCACCAAAAAGAAGCCAGUACAUCUGGAAAACAGGUGUAUGGGGUGUAUGUGUGGCCAAUGAUUGCGGUUCGGCUGGGCUCCAGAGUCGCUCGGUGUGGUGUGUCCAUUCUGAAGGCUGGAGCACGCAUCAGUCCAAUUGCUUUCCAUCUGCUCGCCCACCGCACCAGAGAGUGUGUGUGAAAAUGUGCGAGUGGCAAAAGGAUCUGUUUGAGUGGCGCUUGUCUGCUUGGGGCCCCUGCACCCCGAGUCCUCUCCUCCCAGCCAGUCGAUGUGUGACCGCUCAGCGUGGAGUACAAAGCCGAGAUGUGGUGUGUGUGAAGCGUACCAAUGGCACCACAGUGAGCCAGCAUGUGUGUGAAGUAUUUUCUGCAGUGCCGGAAGGAGAACAGGCGUGUUUGUUACCCUGCCCAAUCGACUGCAUCGUCUCCGCCUUCACCCACUGGUCCACCUGCAGUCGCACCUGUGGGUCGGCCCUCCAGCAGCGCACCAGACACGUGCUGGCAGCGCCCCUGUAUGGAGGAGCAGACUGUCCCAGCCUCACCCAGACACGUCCCUGUAACCAUGAGAAAGCUCACCCUGCCCUUUGUCCCUCCGACCAGCAGGAAUACAGUUAUAGUUUGUGGGUGGGGCCCUGGAGCCCUUGCAGACUUAAAGGGACAGCGCCUGUUGGAAAGACGACAGUGGACUUUGGUUUUGGGCUUGAAGGGAAAAAAACUGUCAAAGCUUCGUAUACCAUCAAACGCUAUGCUGAGAUUAAUUACCAUCAAAAUCAUUAUGAUGAAAGAGGCCACAAAGUAUCCCGGGAAAUCACCAUUGGCUAUCAGACUCGGCAACUGCGCUGUACGAGGAGUGAUGGGAAGAAUGCCAUGCUAAGUCUUUGCGACCAUGACAACAGCCCAGUGAACUUUCGUUCAUGCGUGAUGCCCAGAGACUGUAAAGUGUCUGAUUGGUCACAGUGGAGUCCAUGUUCAAAGACGUGUCGGACAUCUGACCAAUCGCCUGGCUUCAGAAUCAGGAGCCGCAGCCUGGAGAGAGCAGCCAUUGGUGGAGGAGAGCCAUGCCCCGCCCUGGAGGAAAAAGCAAACUGUAAUGUUUUGGAAGACACUCUGCCACUGUGCCCAAGGUUUGAGUGGAGGGUGACCAAUUGGAAACCAUGCCAGGUGACCCCACUUUUGAGUCAGCAGGACCAUCGCCAUAACAAUAGCAGCAUUCUGUGUGGACGUGGGAUCCGGACCCGAGAGGCAUAUUGUGUCAGGAUCCAUGACAACACAGUACCAUCCCAAAUCAAUCGGCCUGUUGGCAGGAACUUGUGCACUGUGCCUUUACCGCUAUUGGCUGAGUCUUGCUUCAUUCCCUGUCAGAAACAUUGUCCCCUCACGCCUUGGUCACCCUGGGGACCCUGUCUCCAUGACAACUGUUUGGAACCUCAAGGAAGAAGAGGUUUCAGGGUGAGAGCUCGUUCUGUAAUUAAUGAGUCUUGGGUGGAGUCUGACAGUUGCCCUCACGUCAGCGAAGCGAUGACCUGUGAUGACCCCGUCUUCUUCCAGUGGCAAGUGACAUCGCAGGGGCCCUGUGUUUCACAAAAUGGAUCGUGUGGCCCAGGAUUCCAAGAACAGACUCUGGAGUGUUUGAUCGCCACAGGUGAUCCAGUCCCUAAUGAUCAGUGUUUAGGAGAUCCUCCUCCAGUCCGGCAGACAUGUGAGAUGCCCUGUCCUGGGGACUGUGUAAUGGGACACUGGAGCCCCUGGACUUCCUGUUCCCAGUCCUGCUCCAGUAAACACCAAGAGGGAAAACAAAGUCGCUCACGUCUUGUUCUGGCUCUUCCUGGAAAGUAUGGAAAGCCAUGCCCUCCGGCCCCUAAGCUGGAGCAGUGGAGACCCUGUGGCUCACACUCAUGCACAGUAUACUACUGGGAUACUUCACCUUGGGAUCCCUGUAUGCCAAACACCAUCACAGACGAGAGUGAAGGUAACAGCACAACUCCGCAGAUGGAGAAUGAUGCCACCUGCGGUACAGGGGUACAGAUGCGCCAAGUCACAUGCAGGAGAGCUGGGAAUGGACAUGUGCUGCCAAAACGGUGUCCUGAAUCCUCUCGUCCUGACUCAAUCCGGUCUUGUCCUUUACCUUGCAAAAUUGAUUGCAUCGUCACACCUUUUAGCGAAUGGAGUGCCUGUCCCACUUCCUGUUUAUCAGUAAAUGCUACUGCACCAACCCAGUCCCGUCACAGGAUCAUCAUCCAGAGACCUGCUAAUGGAGGUCAAGAGUGCCCCGAUACUCUUUUUGAGGAGAGAGAAUGUGAUCCACCCCCACUGUGCCCAACUUACAGAUGGCAGACCCACCGCUGGCAUCAGUGCAUUCUGGUAGCUGAUUCGGUGAGGCAGGCUGUGGGUGGGCCCGCAGAGGCAUGCGGUAUUGGCCUAGAGACAAGAGAGGUAACGUGUGUUGGUGCGGAUGAUUCUCCAGCAGAUAUGACAGACUGUGUGAAGUGGGUUGGACUGAUGCCCAUCCCGGUGAGGGAAUGUCGUGUGCCAUGCAGAGAUGAAUGUAGCUUCACGUCCUGGAGCAGAUUCAGCCAGUGUCAAGGCUGUGGAAGUUGGCGCACUCGUUCCCGAUCUCUGAUAGGUCGUAGUAAGAAGCACUGGAGAUGCCAACAGGAGGAGUCGUUUCCUCUGCUGGAGAAAGAAGCCUGUCCUUGUUCUGAAUUUCACACCCAGCCUCAGGGUCCCUGGUCUCCUUGUUUGCUCUCACCAGCAAAGAACAUUGCUGGCCAUCCUUUCAUCCAAGGAGUUUCCCACCAAAGCCAAAAAGCAGUCCAAGGCUGGCGAGCUCAGAGGAAGAACAGCGAGUGUGGGCACGGAAAGCGUUUCAGAGCUCUUGCCUGUCUGGAUCACAUGGGACGAUUGGUGGAGCCAACUCUCUGCAGCAGCCCUGGAUUUGAAGAGGAAUCAUGUCAUGUACCCUGUUCUACGGACUGUAAGCUGAGUGAGUGGUCGAAUUGGUCUGCCUGCAGCGCCUCCUGUGGUGGGGGUGUAAAAGUUCGCUCUCAGUGGCUACGAGAAAAGCCUUUCAAUGGAGGUCGACCCUGCCCAAAACUCAAUUACAAAAAUCAGGCUCAGGUGUCUGAGGUACUGCCCUGUUACUCUGACUGCAGUCAGUAUGUGUGGGAAGUGGAGUCCUGGUCCAUGUGUGUGCUAAACCCACCAAACAAUCUCACGAACGCUGAACCGCCCCAGCCUGUGUGCGGAGAGGGCUUCCGGACCGGCAAAAUCCGCUGCUUGAAAAGGGGAGGAGAAAACCAGGAUGAGGUUGUGGAUGACUCACUGUGUGACCAGGAGGAAAAGCCAAUCACAGUCGAGACCUGUCUACUGCCGUGCCCCGCCCACUGUGUGACAUCAGAGUGGAGCCAGUGGACCAAAUGUACCGUGGAUUGUAAUGAGGGUGAUGUGAGGUGGAGGAGUAGAAGUGUCUUGAGGUGGCCAGAAGGAGAUCAUACCUGCCCUGAUCUAAACCAGACUCAAGCCUGUAUCAAUACGACCUGUCUCAAAUACUCCUACGUUUACUCAGACUGGAGCAGCUGUCAGCUCAGUGAAAAUGCAGUAUGCGGCCGUGGGAUUAAGACCAGACUCCUGAACUGUGUCCGCAGCGACAGGAAGAUGGUGGAACUGAGCAUGUGCAAAGAGUUGGGUCCUUCGCGUGGAAAGCUGUCUGCCCCCUGUGAGGUGGGCUGCCCCGUUAAUUGUCAAAUGACACGAUCCAGGGCUGUUUUGCAGCCUGCCGGUGAAGGAGGUCGUCCCUGUCCAUCUCAGCUCUCCCAGACUCGCCCCUGUCCCAUCAGGCCGUGCUACAGCUGGAUACUGGGAGACUUGAGAGCAUGCAGGGUGGAGGGGGCCGACUGUGGCGAGGGAGCAAGUCGGAGGGAAAUAUCCUGUGUAGUGCACUGGGGUUCUCUUUCAGGUCCUCCUCAGUCCGUUCCAGUAGAGGAUAAAAUGUGUGUGGGAAAUUCACAGAGCAAAGUCAGCGAGAUGGAGUUACUGCAGCCCUGCACAAUCCCUUGUCCAGGAGAAUGUCACCUAACCAAAUGGUCACCAUGGAGUUCGUGUCAGCUGCUGUGUUUGGAUGGGCGGAGUUUUGAGACAUGGGGCCGACAGGCUCGAUCUAGAGCCAUAGUCACGCAGGUCCCGGAGAACCAGGACACCUGUCCCAGCCAGAUGUAUGAGACACGACCAUGCCGAGGAGGAACGUGUCUUAGUUAUGAAUGGAUGACCGGUGAAUGGAGGCAUAACCGUAGACUGGUGUGGUGCCAGCGCUCUGAUGGUGUCAAUGUCACAGGAGGCUGCAUUGCUCAGAACCAGCCCUCUGCCAUACGACAGUGUCACCCUCCCUGCACCAAACCCUUCUCCUUCUGCACACAGAAUGGAGUCUGUGGUUGUGAGAAGGGCUUCACGGAGGUCAUGACCUCUCACGGGUUCCUUGACUACUGUACCAGAAUCCCAGGGCUGGACCAUAAGAAGGCAGAUGUAAAAACCACCGCAGGCCGUCUUAGACCAGAGCACGCCCGGAACAGGAACCACAUUAAGGACUGGGCACUGCAGCCUCUUGGACCAGAUGGUCGUGUCAAGUUGUGGGUAUAUGGGCUGAUGGCUGCCGGGUUUGUCGUGAUCCUCCUCCUCAUCAUUAUGUCCUUCCUCCUGUGUAAAAACCCGAAGGACAGUCCCAGCAGCAGUCCACAGAAGGCACUGGCUCUGGCGUAUGAUGGGGAUGUGGAUAUGUGAGCCCACCAUGAGCAUGCAAUGCUGAAAUACGCUCAAAACACACGUCUGGCAUCCUUCAGACCACAACAUAAAUGUUUACAGCAGCAUACGAGCUGAGCACGACAAUGAGCCAAACCAGAGACAGUGCUGAAUGGAUGUUUAAAAAGCACACAAACUAAACUUAAGGCUGUCUGGAGAACUUGAGAGAGUUGAGGAACUGCACAGAGGAAAAUGUCAUACAGCCAAAACAGAAUGUGGCAUCAUGUCUACAGUACCAUAGCGUGUGUGCGUGUGUGUGUGUGUGUGUGUAUGUUCAUUUAUGAGGGUGCCCAUUAUGAGUAAAUAGUUCUGUUUGUGUUAAAGGAAUUGUUCACUCAUAAAGGGUUUUUACAUUUAGUCAUUUUUUUC